AUGGAAUCAAAUCCGAAAGAAGAGCGAAAUGUAGCUAGAAUGUGGGCAAUAAUUGAGGGAAUGAGAAAUAGGCUUCCGAAAUGGUCAGUGCCUAAAGUUUUGCAUUUAUUGAGGAAAGUCGAUUUUGAUGAGGUAUGGUUUUGCUUUUUUGAAGUUUUUAUAUGAAAAUUCCUGAUUUUCCGAAUAUUUUCAGGUGAUAGAAACCCUUCCAAUCAAUGAAAUUCGAAUUGAUGUAUUUGAAGACACUUCAAAACUUCGCGAAGUGUUAGAUCUUGUAUAUAAAAGACUCGAACUUCGGGAGGAUGUUUAUGGAAAAGUUGAUCAAAUAAUUGAUAUUAUUAGAAUAUUAGAAAAUUCGCCUGAAGUCAAUAAUCAAUUAACAAUUGAGCAAAAACUGGAAACUGAAGCUCCACGGCCAUAUACAACUAUAAAUGGAGUGGCAUAUUUAUCGAAAAAUGAUUUUUUGCUAUCGGUUAAUUAUUUCUUUCGACUAUCAAAGUUUAGCUAUCUUGCAACGAUUUUUUUGAAAAAAUGGAUGGUUUUUGAGAUUGGAAAUCGAAUGGCAUCAUUGCAUGGAUGUUAUGAAUAUGUGCCAAAUACAGCUCUCAAAGUUAUGGCUGAAGAUUUUUUCAUGCCUUUGACAACACUUCCAUUUAUUCGGCCACUGAAGAUUGAUCAUUUUGUGCAGCUUCGUGAUAAUUUGCCAUUUCAUGAAUACGAUUUUUUUGAGAAUGUUUUUAUGAAAAAAGUUCUGGAGAUGAAUGCGAAAACACCGAUUGAAACACAUCAACAUGUUUUUAUUGCAAGUUAUGUGCAAAUUGUUGCAACAAUUCAACGAUCUAGAAAUGUUCUGUGGACUUUUAGGAGCUUUUUUGCGCCAUCGGUGAGAGUUUGGGGGGGGGGGGAGGAAUUGAAAAUCUACACGUCAUGGAUUUUUUUUUCAAAUUUUGACUGAAAAAUUAUUAUUCUUGAAAAACAAAAAAUAUACGUUUCAAAAUUUUGAUAUAAUUUUUCAUCCAUUAUUUUUCCAAUUUUCCAUAGGCAUUCAAUGGGAAUAAAUAAAAUUUCACAUUUCAGAUUGAAAUUAGAAAAAUUCUGAUAGUAUUUUAAGAUUAGAGUCAUCGAAUAUUCACAGCCCAAAAAAGUUCCCUUAAAAUUGAGUUUUAAAAGUCUUGGAGCGAACAUCUUUUUUUUUCGAAAAGAUUCUCGCUCAAAAACUCGGUCGUGGCCUAGAAAUUCAAUUUUUCAAAUAUUAAGAUUUCUAGGCCCUUUUUGGAGGAUAAUCGGAUUUACUACAGGAUUUCUUAAAAUAUUUGGUUGGCUCAAAAAAUUAUUCUGCUCCAACCUUUAACCUUAACAGUUCCUUUAACCCUUAAGAAAUACCCAAAACCCUUUAAAAAUCCAAUUUUUUCAGCGUGAAAUAGUACCAGAAUUCGAAGGACCAUUAGUUCGAAUCAUCGAAAACGACCUAGUUUUUGCAAAAGAACUCGAUCAAGCCUUUCGAAUAACAAUGUCGAAAAAAUAUCCAAAUCGUCAAUAUAUCGAUAAUUUAUUCGAAAUUGAAACUGAAGAAGAGCGACAACUUGGAAUAAUUCUGGCAGUUCCAUUCGAAAGAUUUGUUCAUUUCGCAAAACUUCAUGAACUAGAUAUCAGCAAAGAUUUCGACAUUGUAACAGUUGGAAUCUCAAAACAUUGUUGCGCAGAAAAUCGUGGAAAUUAUGACGUGGGAAUUCCAUUCAUUUCGCCGUAUGGAACACUUUGUAAAACAAAAUAUAGUGCCUAUCGACAAAUUGUCAAUUUUUUGACAAAUAAUAUGAGAAUUUUGGUUGGUGAAUAUAAUCAUAUUAAUGAAGUUGUCGAAUGGUUGAGUCAAUAUGAAAAGCUUUUUAAAAAUCGGGUAAGGUUUAGAGCGGGGAUUCAAAUAAGAAAUUAUUUUAUGUUAGGUCGUGAAAAUUCAGAGCUAAGUCAAAAAUUGUUCUAAAAAAGUUUUCUAGCUCAAAUAGGCGCGGAUCCUAGACAAUAAGGUUCUAUAGGUGCGACUGCUUGAGUAAAAAAACCCCUAAGGCGCAGCUACUAAAGAACUGGGCUCUCAAGGCGCGGAUCCUAGACAAUAAGGUUCUAUAGGUGCGGCUGCUUGAGAAGAAGACCCCUAAGACGUGGUUACUUAAGAAAUAGGUUCUCUAGGUCUUGCUCCUUGACAAUUGAACUUUCUAGGCGCGGCUGCUUGAGUGCUAGUUCCUCAAGGCUCGGUUGCUUGACACGGGAGCUCUCAAGGCUUGGCUACUGGAAAAUAGGUUCUCUAGGCGCAGCUUCUUGGCAACAGAAAAUUUUAAAAAGUUACUCUAACUCUAAUUUACCUUAUUUUUCCUUACAGACUUAUCGAUUUUUCAUCGAAGAAUGGAAAAUCGACGAAAUUUUGCGUUUGGCUCGAACCGAAUUAUCUUGUUAUUCAAAACAACUUCCACUUUUUCAUAUACCAUCGGAAGCUGAAAAAAAUCGACUUUUACUCGAGAUCCAACAAUUUGGCGGCAAAGUUCGAUGUCAAAAUCAUCCCAAGAAAAAUGCAAAGAAUCUUACGCCAAAACAAAAAAUGGAGAGGAAAAUGGAGGAAUUCGAGAAUUUGGAGAAACGUCGAAAAUUGCAUGCUCAAGAAAUGUUUGAAGUUGAGAAACGAAUAACGGGCAAAAAAACGGAUGAGGAUUUGAAAAACGUAUUUAAUUUUAUGCUCAAUUUAUCAGGAGUUCCGGAGAAUUUUGAAGAAUCUGGACAAUUUCCAAGCACUUCGAAAUAG